AAUAUUUGAAGUUUCUGGAUCCAGCUGCGCCUAAAUUAAUUGAAACAAAUAAAGAUGGCGCGUAGACCAGAACACUCAGCACCGCCGGAGAUUUUCUACAAUGACGAUGAGGCCAAAAAGUAUUCCACAAAUACCCGCAUUAUAGAAAUUCAAGUGGAAAUGGCGGAGCGCGCUCUUGAACUUCUAGCACUGCCGGAUGACGAUGAACCUCGAUUUAUUUUGGAUAUUGGGUGCGGCUCUGGUCUUUCGGGCAGCGUACUCGACGACAGUGAUCACAUCUGGGUUGGCAUUGAUAUAUCCAAAUCUAUGCUGGACAUCGCUGUUGAGCGCGAAGUAGCCGGAGAUCUUAUUUUGGGUGAUAUGGGGGAGGGUAUGCCUUUUAGGCCUGGCACUUUCGAUGGCGCGAUAUCCAUAUCGGCUCUACAAUGGCUAUGCAACGCCGACAAAUCCUAUCACAAUCCACACAAACGUCUGCUAAAAUUCUUUACAACAUUGUUCUCAUGCUUGACUCGCACGGCUCGCGCUGUCUUUCAGUUUUAUCCCGAGAAUUCAGACCAAAUUGAAAUGGUCACCGCACAAGCAAUGAAGGCGGGUUUCUAUGGCGGUCUUGUGGUGGACUUUCCCAACUCCGCCAAAGCCAAAAAAUACUAUUUGGUGCUGAUGACGGGAGGCGCAGCAGAACUGCCAAAGGCCCUAGGAUCGCCUGAGGAGGAACGCCGCAUUAACUAUAUAAAGAAGCGCGAUGCUUGCCGUGAUGCGCGUGGUAAGGCGCCAAAGAAGUCACGUGAUUGGAUACUGGCCAAGAAGGAGCGACGUCGUCGCCAAGGCCUCGAAACGCGUCCAGACACCAAGUACACUGCACGUAAGCGCAGCGGUCGCUUCUGAGGACUGUUAAAUACACAUCUUUAUAUA